AUGCCCGGCGCGGUGGUGAACGGCACCGAAGCGGCCGCCGACGACGUGGUGCUGACGGGACUGUCGGGCCGCCUGCCCGAAUGCGACAAUGUGGAUGAGUUCGCACAAAAACUAUUCGACGGUGUCGACCUCGUCACGGCAGACGACCGCCGCUGGACACCAGGUCUUCACGGGCUGCCCGAACGCAAUGGAAAACUUAAAGAUCUAGCACAUUUUGAUGCGACGUUCUUCGGCGUGCACGCAAAACAGGCGCAUCUGAUGGAUCCACAGCUGCGACUGCUGUUGGAGCUCACGCACGAGGCCAUCGUGGACGCCGGCUACAACCCGACCGAGCUGCGCGGCUCGCGCACCGGCGUCUUCGUCGGCGUGUCCAACUCUGAGACCGAGGAGAUGUGGACCGCGGACCCCGACAAGAUCAACGGCUACGCGCUGACUGGAUGCUGUCGGGCCAUGUUUCCCAACCGCCUAUCGUACACGUUCGACCUGAAGGGGCCAUCGUACGCGGUGGACACGGCGUGCUCGAGCUCAAUGUUCGCGCUCGCGCAAGCGGUGGCGGCGAUGCGCGCGGGCCAGUGCGACGCGGCCGUGGUGGCCGGCACCAACCUGUGCCUGAAGCCGGCCAACUCGCUCAACUUCCACCGGCUGAGCAUGCUGUCGCCGGAGGGACGCUGCGCCGCGUUCGACGCCAGCGGGCGCGGCUACGUGCGCUCGGAGGCGGCCGUGGUGGUGCUGCUGCAGCGCCGCGGCGCCGCGCGCCGGCUGUACGCGUCCGUGCGCGGCGCGCGCAUGAACACGGACGGCAGCAAGCCGCAGGGCAUCACCUUCCCGUCGGGCGACGUGCAGCGCCAGCUCGCCGAGGAGACGUUCGCCGCGGCGGGCCUGCGCCCGCAGGACGUCGCCUACGUCGAGGCGCACGGCACCGGCACCAAGGUCGGAGAUCCACAGGAGGUGAACGCUAUCGCAGAUUUAUUCUGUAAAGAUCGCAAAACGCCGCUGCUUCUGGGUUCGGUCAAGUCUAAUAUGGGUCACUCAGAGCCGGCUUCGGGCUUGUGUUCCAUCGCGAAGGUGGUGGUGGCGAUGGAGCACGGCGUCAUCCCCGCCAACUUACACUACAAAACGCCCAAUCCUAACAUACCAGCACUGAGCGACGGGAGAAUUAAGGUGGUCGCCGAGAACACGCCAUGGGAUGGCGGGUUGGUGGCGGUGAACUCGUUCGGGUUCGGCGGCGCCAACGCGCACGUGAUCCUGGAGUCGCACCGCGGCGGGCGGGCGGCCGGCGCCCCCGCGGGCCCCGCCGCCCCCAGCCUGCCGCGCCUGCUGCUGGCGUCGGGCCGCACGGAGGAGGCCGCGCGCCGCCUGCUGGCGCUGGGCGCGCAGCACGCGCACGACGCCGACCUGCACUCGCUGCUCGACGCCGUGCACGCGCACAACAUCCCCGGACACACGUUCCGCGGCUACCGCCUGCUCACCGACGACCCGGAACCCAUCGAGGAGGUCCUAGAGGUGGAGAGCGGGGAGGCGCGGCCCGUGUGGUUCGUGUUCUCGGGCAUGGGGUCGCAGUGGGCGGGCAUGGCGCGCGCGCUGCUGCGGCUGCCGCAGUUCGCGCGCAGCGUGGCGCGCUCGGCCGCAGCGCUGCGCCCGCACGGCCUGGACCUGGCGCACCUGCUGUCCGACGCGCCGGACUCUGCUUUCGACGACGUGGUCGCCUCCUUCGUGUCCAUUGCCGCCGUGCAAGUGGCGCUCGUGGACGUGCUGCGUGAGGUGGGCGUGCGCCCCGACGGCAUCGUCGGACACUCUGUCGGAGAGAUCGGGUGUGCGUACGCGGACGAAACGCUGACGGCGGAGCAGGCGGUGCUGGCGGCGUACUGGCGCGGCCGCAGCAUCGUGGACGCCGCGCUGCCGCCGGGCGCCAUGGCGGCCGUGGGGCUCGGCUGGGACGCGGCCGCCGCGCGCUGCCCGCCCGACGUCGUGCCCGCCUGCCACAACGCGCCCGACAGCGUCACGGUACGUACACGUACACGUACACGUACACGUACUGGCGCGGCCGCAGCAUCGUGGACGCCGCGCUGCCGCCGGGCGCCAUGGCGGCCGUGGGGCUCGGCUGGGACGCGGCCGCCGCGCGCUGCCCGCCCGACGUCGUGCCCGCCUGCCACAACGCGCCCGACAGCGUCACGGUACGUACACGUACACGUACACGUACACGUACACGUACUGGCGCGGCCGCAGCAUCGUGGACGCCGCGCUGCCGCCGGGCGCCAUGGCGGCCGUGGGGCUCGGCUGGGACGCGGCCGCCGCGCGCUGCCCGCCCGACGUCGUGCCCGCCUGCCACAACGCGCCCGACAGCGUCACGGUACGUACACGUACACGUACACGUACUGGCGCGGCCGCAGCAUCGUGGACGCCGCGCUGCCGCCGGGCGCCAUGGCGGCCGUGGGGCUCGGCUGGGACGCGGCCGCCGCGCGCUGCCCGCCCGACGUCGUGCCCGCCUGCCACAACGCGCCCGACAGCGUCACGGUACGUACACGUACACGUACACGUACACGUACUGGCGCGGCCGCAGCAUCGUGGACGCCGCGCUGCCGCCGGGCGCCAUGGCGGCCGUGGGGCUCGGCUGGGACGCGGCCGCCGCGCGCUGCCCGCCCGACGUCGUGCCCGCCUGCCACAACGCGCCCGACAGCGUCACGGUACGUACACGUACACGUACACGUACACGUACACGUACUGGCGCGGCCGCAGCAUCGUGGACGCCGCGCUGCCGCCGGGCGCCAUGGCGGCCGUGGGGCUCGGCUGGGACGCGGCCGCCGCGCGCUGCCCGCCCGACGUCGUGCCCGCCUGCCACAACGCGCCCGACAGCGUCACGGUACGUACACGUACACGUACACGUACACGUACUGGCGCGGCCGCAGCAUCGUGGACGCCGCGCUGCCGCCGGGCGCCAUGGCGGCCGUGGGGCUCGGCUGGGACGCGGCCGCCGCGCGCUGCCCGCCCGACGUCGUGCCCGCCUGCCACAACGCGCCCGACAGCGUCACGGUACGUACACGUACACGUACACGUACUGGCGCGGCCGCAGCAUCGUGGACGCCGCGCUGCCGCCGGGCGCCAUGGCGGCCGUGGGGCUCGGCUGGGACGCGGCCGCCGCGCGCUGCCCGCCCGACGUCGUGCCCGCCUGCCACAACGCGCCCGACAGCGUCACGGUACGUACACGUACACGUACACGUACACGUACACGUACUGGCGCGGCCGCAGCAUCGUGGACGCCGCGCUGCCGCCGGGCGCCAUGGCGGCCGUGGGGCUCGGCUGGGACGCGGCCGCCGCGCGCUGCCCGCCCGACGUCGUGCCCGCCUGCCACAACGCGCCCGACAGCGUCACGGUACGUACACGUACACGUACACGUACACGUACACGUACUGGCGCGGCCGCAGCAUCGUGGACGCCGCGCUGCCGCCGGGCGCCAUGGCGGCCGUGGGGCUCGGCUGGGACGCGGCCGCCGCGCGCUGCCCGCCCGACGUCGUGCCCGCCUGCCACAACGCGCCCGACAGCGUCACGGUACGUACACGUACACGUACACGUACUGGCGCGGCCGCAGCAUCGUGGACGCCGCGCUGCCGCCGGGCGCCAUGGCGGCCGUGGGGCUCGGCUGGGACGCGGCCGCCGCGCGCUGCCCGCCCGACGUCGUGCCCGCCUGCCACAACGCGCCCGACAGCGUCACGGUACGUACACGUACACGUACACGUACACGUACUGGCGCGGCCGCAGCAUCGUGGACGCCGCGCUGCCGCCGGGCGCCAUGGCGGCCGUGGGGCUCGGCUGGGACGCGGCCGCCGCGCGCUGCCCGCCCGACGUCGUGCCCGCCUGCCACAACGCGCCCGACAGCGUCACGGUACGUACACGUACACGUACACGUACACGUACUGGCGCGGCCGCAGCAUCGUGGACGCCGCGCUGCCGCCGGGCGCCAUGGCGGCCGUGGGGCUCGGCUGGGACGCGGCCGCCGCGCGCUGCCCGCCCGACGUCGUGCCCGCCUGCCACAACGCGCCCGACAGCGUCACGGUACGUACACGUACACGUACACGUACACGUACUGGCGCGGCCGCAGCAUCGUGGACGCCGCGCUGCCGCCGGGCGCCAUGGCGGCCGUGGGGCUCGGCUGGGACGCGGCCGCCGCGCGCUGCCCGCCCGACGUCGUGCCCGCCUGCCACAACGCGCCCGACAGCGUCACGGUACGUACACGUACACGUACACGUACACGUACACGUACUGGCGCGGCCGCAGCAUCGUGGACGCCGCGCUGCCGCCGGGCGCCAUGGCGGCCGUGGGGCUCGGCUGGGACGCGGCCGCCGCGCGCUGCCCGCCCGACGUCGUGCCCGCCUGCCACAACGCGCCCGACAGCGUCACGGUACGUACACGUACACGUACACGUACACGUACACGUACUGGCGCGGCCGCAGCAUCGUGGACGCCGCGCUGCCGCCGGGCGCCAUGGCGGCCGUGGGGCUCGGCUGGGACGCGGCCGCCGCGCGCUGCCCGCCCGACGUCGUGCCCGCCUGCCACAACGCGCCCGACAGCGUCACGGUACGUACACGUACACGUACACGUACACGUACACGUACUGGCGCGGCCGCAGCAUCGUGGACGCCGCGCUGCCGCCGGGCGCCAUGGCGGCCGUGGGGCUCGGCUGGGACGCGGCCGCCGCGCGCUGCCCGCCCGACGUCGUGCCCGCCUGCCACAACGCGCCCGACAGCGUCACGGUACGUACACGUACACGUACACGUACACGUACUGGCGCGGCCGCAGCAUCGUGGACGCCGCGCUGCCGCCGGGCGCCAUGGCGGCCGUGGGGCUCGGCUGGGACGCGGCCGCCGCGCGCUGCCCGCCCGACGUCGUGCCCGCCUGCCACAACGCGCCCGACAGCGUCACGGUACGUACACGUACACGUACACGUACACGUACACGUACUGGCGCGGCCGCAGCAUCGUGGACGCCGCGCUGCCGCCGGGCGCCAUGGCGGCCGUGGGGCUCGGCUGGGACGCGGCCGCCGCGCGCUGCCCGCCCGACGUCGUGCCCGCCUGCCACAACGCGCCCGACAGCGUCACGGUAUCGGGUCCGGUGGAGUCCGUGGAGAAGUUCGUGGCGGAGUUAAGCGCGGAGGGCAUAUUCGCACGGCGCGUGAACAGUUCGGGCGUGGCGUUCCACAGCAAGUACAUCGCGUCCGCCGCGCCGCUGCUGCGCCGCAGCCUCGAGCGCGUCAUCCCGCACCCCAAACCGCGCUCGCAUCGCUGGAUAUCGUCUUCGCUGCCUAAGGACCAGUGGGAUUCCGACAUCGCAAAGCUAAGCUCCGCGGCGUACCACGUGAACAACCUGCUGUCGCCGGUGCGGUUCGCGGAGGCGCUGGGGUCGGUGCCGGCGCGCGCGCUGGUGCUGGAGCUGGCGCCGCACGCGCUGCUGCAGGCCGUGCUGAAGCGCGCGCUGCCGGCGCCGGGCGCGGCGCACGUGGCGCUGCUGCGGCGCGACGCGCGCUGCGCGCUGCGCCAGCUGCUGGCCGCGCUGGGCCGCGCCUACGCCGCCGGCGCGCAGCCGCGCCCCGCCGCGCUGUACGCGGCCGCGCGCUGGCCCGUGGCGCGCGGCACGCCGCGCCUGGCGCCGCACGUGCUGUGGGACCAUGCCGCCGACUGGAGCGUGGCGCACUUCGGCGCCGCCGCGCGCUCCGGCGAGUGCGUGCUCGAGUGCGACCUGGCGCGCCCCGAGGACGAGUUCGUCGCCGGACACAACAUCGACGGCCGCGUGCUCUUCCCCGCCACCGGCUACCUGACUCUCGUGUGGAAAACGAUGGCUAAAAUAAAUAAUCGAAAAUUAGAAGAAACCCCGAUUAUACUAGAAAACGUUCAAUUUAAGCGAGCCACAAUCGUAUCUCGCGACGCUCCCGUGCGCUUCCUCAUCAAUAUUCUGGACGGCAGCGGCCAAUUCGACGUGUGCGAGGGCGGCGCCGUCGUCGUCACGGGCAACGUGCGCCUGGUCGAGGACCCCGCCGCCGAGCGCUUGACGCUGCCUCCGCACGUCGACACCGCGGAGCCGGACCAGUUGCCGCUCGUCACCGACGACAUAUACAAGGAGCUGCGACUCCGCGGGUACAACUACGGCGGCGUAUUCCGCGGCAUCCGCACUUCGGACGCGCGUGGCACCGCCGGCACGCUGGCCUGGGACGGCAACUGGAUCUCGUUCAUGGACACCAUGCUGCAGUUCGGCAUCAUCGGCGUGGACACACGCGAGCUGUAUCUGCCCACGCGGCUGCAGCGCGCGCUUAUCGACCCCACGGCGCAGCCGGCGGCCGACGGCGAGGCGACGGUGCCGGUGCGGAUGCUGCGCGACAUCGACGUGAUCUCGGCGGGCGGCGUCGAGCUGCGCGGCGUCAAGACCAGCCUCGCGCCGCGCCGCGCCAACCCGCAGCCGCCGCCCAAGCUGGAGAAGUACGUGUUCGUGCCGUACGAGGCGGCGGGGGGCGCGGGGGGCGCGGGGGGCCCGAGCGCGGGCGGCGAGGACGCGGCGCGCGCGCGGCGCGACGCGCUCACGGCGUGCCUGCAGCUGGUGCUGGAGAACGCGGGCGCGCUGCGGCUGCGCGGCGCGGAGGCGGCGCUGGGCCGGCCGGCCGACGCGCUGCUGCUGCCGCACGUGCUGCCGCUGCUGCUGGCCGAGCCGCAGGCGCGCCUGGACGCCAGCCUGGCCGCCGGCGCGCACCACGCGCUCUACACCUCCGCCAUGGAGCCCUUGGCCGUUAAAGUGACGAACAAGGACGCGACGAGCGCGCCGCCGGACAGCGAGUGUCAUCUGGUGAUGGCGGCGGACGCGCUGGCUCUGGGCGCGCCCGUGCUGACGCAUCUGGCGGAGGCGCUGGCGCCCGCCGGCAUGCUGCUGCUGGAGGAGCCCCGCGCCGCGCUCGACACGCCCGCCGCCGCCGCCGCGCUCGCCGCGGCCGGCUUGGAACUCGUAGCCCGCCAGCGCGCCGACCUCCGCGAAUACCUGCUGCUGCACCGCCGCCCCAGCGUGCCCGAGGCGCACGUCGUCGUCGAGAUCGACGAGUCGUCGUCGUACAGCUGGCUGGAGCCGCUGCGCGCGGCGCUGGCGCGUGCCGAGAGCGAGGAGAUGCGCGUGUACGCGUGGUCGCGCGCGCCCGCCGCCGGCCUGCUGGGCCUGGGCACGUGCCUGCGCGCCGAGCCCGGCGGCCGCGCGCUGCGCCUGUACUUCCUGCCCGGCGCACGCGAGCCCUUCGCGCCCCACGCGCCCGCCUACGCGCCCCAGGUGCGCAGGGACCUGGCCUUCAACGUGCUGCGCGCAGGCGUCUGGGGCUCCUACAGGCACCUGCUGCUGCCCGACUCCAGCGACGUUCAGCUGCAGGUGGAGCACGCGUACGUGAACACGCUGACGCGCGGCGACCUGUCCUCGCUGCGCUGGAUCGAGAGCCCGCUGCGGCUGGCCGCCGACACUCCGACGCCGGGCCGCCAGCUGUGCCGCGUACACUACGCGCCGCUCAACUUCCGCGACAUCAUGCUGGCCACCGGCAAGCUGCCGCCCGACGCGCUGCCAGGCAACCUCGCCGGACAGGAGUGCAUCCUGGGGCUGGAGUUCAGCGGCGUGUCCGCUGACGGCAAGCGCGUGAUGGGCAUGGUGGCGGCGCGCGGGCUGGCCACGUCGGUGCUGGCCGACGACGACUUCCUGUGGGAGGUGCCGGCGCACUGGACGCUGGAGCAGGCGGCCACCGUGCCCGUGGCGUACGCCACCGCGUACUACGCGCUCAGCGUGCGCGGCCGCAUGCGGCGCGGCGAGGCCGUGCUGGUGCACGCGGGCUCGGGCGGCGUGGGGCAGGCCGCCAUCGCGCUGGCGCUGCACGCCGGCUGCCACGUCUACACCACCGUGGGCUCGCCCGAGAAGCGCGCCUUCCUGCGCGAGCGCUUCCCGCAGCUGCCCGACGAGAACAUCGGCAACUCGCGCGACACGUCCUUCGAGCAGCUGGUGCUGCGCCGCACGCGCGGCCGUGGCGUCGACCUGGUGCUCAACUCGCUGGCCGCCGACAAGCUGCUCGCCUCCGUGCGCUGCCUCGCCAACGGCGGCCGCUUCCUCGAGAUCGGCAAGCUCGACCUCUCCAACAACACUCCUCUGGGCAUGGCGAUAUUCCUGAAGAACACGACGUUCCACGGCAUCCUGCUCGAUGCAUUGUUCGAGGCCGAGGCGGGAGCGGGAGCGGAGGCGGAGAGCGAGCGAGCGGCCGUCGUGCGCUGCGUGGCGGAGGGGCUGGCCAGCGGCGCCGUGCGCCCGUUGCCCAGCACCGUGUUCUCCGACCAUCAGCUCGAGCAGGCCUUCCGGUACAUGGCCACGGGCAAACACAUCGGCAAAGUGCUGCUUCGCGUACGCGACGAGGAGCCCGGCCCCGCCCCCAAGCUAGUGUCGGCGGUGCCGCGCACCUACUUCCAUCCCGAAAAAUGCUAUGUGCUCAUCGGUGGGUUGGGCGGGUUCGGGCUGGAGCUGGCGGAGUGGCUGGUGGUGCGCGGCGCCACGUGCCUGCUGUUUAACUCGCGCAGCGGCGUGCGCACCGGCUACCAGGCCUGGUGCAUCCGCCGGUGGCGCGCGCGCGGCGUGCGCGUGGCGCUGAGCGGCGCGGACGCGGCCACGGCGAGCGGGGCCCGGGCGCUGCUGCAGCAGGCGGCGGCGCUGGCGCCCGUGGCCGGCCUGUUCCAGCUGGCCGCCGUGCUGCGCGACGCCUUCCUCGCCAGCCAGACGCCCGACGACUUCCGCGCCGUCGCCCGCCCCAAGAUCGACGCCACGAAAGCUUUGGAUUUAGCCACACGCGAAUUGUGUCCGGAACUCGAGUACUUCGUGGUGUUUUCUUCGGUGUCAUGCGGGCGUGGUAACCCGGGACAGAGCAACUACGGACUGGCCAACUCUGCCAUGGAACGGAUUGUGGAGCAGCGCCAGGCUGACGGUCUACCCGGCCUCGCCGUGCAGUGGGGAGCGAUCGGCGAGGUCGGGCUGAUUGUGGAGACGAUGGGCGGCGACGAGGCCGAGGUGGGCGGCACGGUGCCGCAGCGCGUGGCGUCGUGCAUGGCGGCGCUGGGCUCGCUGCUGGCGCGCCCGCACGCCGUGGCCGCCUCCAUGGUGCUGGCCGACAAGCGCCGCGCCGCCGCCGCGCCGCGCCACGACCUGCUGCACGCCGUCGCCAACAUCCUGGGCAUCAAAGAUCCCAGUAAAGUGUCUGAAACCGCUAACUUGGCCGAGCUGGGUAUGGACUCGCUGAUGGGUGCCGAGAUUAAGCAGACACUGGAGCGCGGGUACGAUGUGGUGUUGGGCGUGCAGGAGAUUCGAGCGUUGACAUUCGCGAAGUUGCGCGCGCUGGCCGGCGGCGAGUCCGAGGCCGCGCCGGAGCCCGCGCCCGCCCCCGCCUCCGCCCCCGCCCCCGCCCCCGCCCCCGCGCCCGCCGCCGCGCCCGCGCAGCCCAACGGGACGAAACAGCCGCAGCCGCCGCUAGGCACUGACGAGGUGCAGUUCGCUGGAUUGAGCGAGCUUAUGCCCAAGCAAGUGCUAGUGGAAAUGCCCAGCGCUGCACCCGAUGAUACCAACAUUAAACCUGUCUUCAUGGUGCACCCGAUCGAGGGCUCGGUGCGGCGGCUGCGCGGCGUGGCGGCGGGGCUGCGCGCGCCGGCGCGCGGGCUGCAGUGCACGCGCGGCGCGCCGCUGCGCGACAUGCGCGCGCUGGCGCAGCACUACGUGGCCGCCGUGCGCGCGCACCAGCCGCGCCCGCCCUACACGCUGCUGGGCUACUCGUUCGGCGCCAGCGUGGCCUUCGAGAUGGCGCUGCAGCUGGAGCAGGCCGGCCUGGCGGUGCGCCUGGUGCUGGUGGACGGCUCGCCCGACUACGUGGCCACGCACACCACGCGCACCACCAACAAGCGCGCCGCGCGCUCGCAGGCCACCGACGAAGCCGACGCGCUCGCCUACUUCGCGCAGCUCUUCAAAGACCUAGACGUCACCAAGCUGGCAACGGAGCUGGAAGCGCUGGAGGACUGGGAGAGCCGCGUGCGGCGCGUGACGGCGCUGCUGGGCGGCGCCACGCCGCACGCCGACGACGCGCUGGCCGCCGCCGCCGCGUCCUUCUACCGCAAGCUGGUGGUGGGCGACGCGUACCGGCCCGAGCGCCGCCUGGCCGCGCCCGUCACGCUGUUCACCGCGCGCGACAACUACGUGGCGCUGCCCGCCGACUACGGCCUGGCCGCCCACUGCGCCGGCCCGCUCGCCACGCACCAGCUGCCCGGCGACCACCGCACCAUCCUGCAGGGCGCCUCGGCGCGCGCCAUCGCCGACCACCUGUCGGCGCUGCAGCAGCCGCAGCAGCCGCAGCAGCCGCAGCAGCCGCAGCAGGCGCACCACUAG